GCAAAUGCCACUGAUAGAGGAGGACGGAGCAGGGAUUUUUAAUUUGAGCAACCUUUUUGUAGGCUGUGCUAAACGAAUAUAUUAAUAAAUCAAAUGAGUCAAUGACACGUUUGCACAAGUUUAAACUGUUUUAGAACGGUCGCUAGUCCUGUUAGAACUUUGCAACAGUUGUGAAAGUUUCUCUCCAGACAAAAGGCUGCCCUGAGAGCUGACUGGAGCCUACGCUACAUCUGUCUAGACGGGGACUGUAGGCAGUCGAAGAGUUUCCUAUCGGACGAAGGGAGAACUUUAGGACAGUAAAAUCACCCAUGCGGAGACAAUGCGAUAAAGCCCUCUGAGCGAUUUGGUGACGAGGAGUAAAGGAUUUGUGACUUGGGACUGCGAAAACUAUUCGUGCAGAGCUGCGUAAAGGACGGGAAAGUUCGAUGAGAGUAAGCUACCUGGAUAGGGUCAGAGAAUGAAUUGGUGAAACAACGAGUGCACUGUGUCCCAGAUAGCAAUAAGGCUCUCCUCCAGAGCCCCUCCCUGACCAGAGAGAGCUGUGCCCAUGGAUGAGGAGAGACGUUCCCCCACCACCGCCCCAGAGCCCCCAGAUGAUGGGGACCCACACCCAACCCCUCCUCACCCCAAUCCGCCAACAUGUAGUGAAACAGAGCCCAGCCCCAGCCCUAGCACCAGCCCCAGUACAGAUGUGGACGGGAACAAGGAACCCCUCAUACACAGGGUAAAGGUCACACCAGAAGGGUUGCUAGGAGACGACAAGGACAAUGGCAACAACAACAACAGCCUGUCGCAACCGGACCUGACAACACCUAGCAAGAGUAUAACAUGUCAACCUGUGGCCCGAUCCACCCCUCUCUGCCCCAUCCAGCCCACCAUUACCCAGCCCACCAGCCAGCUGCGCAAUGGAGCCAAGCCCCACACACACAUACACUGCACUCACGCACCCCGCACCCAUACCCCUCAAAUACACACACACGCAGUUCAAACUCACACGGCCCACGCCAACGGGGUGAGGAACGGCUGUGUUCACGAGCGGCCCACUCUGGGUUCCCUGCCGCGAGCCGCCUCCUCCUCCUCCUCCUCUUCCUCCACAGGGAUGAAGAACCCUAAGAAGCUGCGGUCCAACCCCUCCAUCACCUCCCAGGGAAGCAAGAGGAGCAAGAGUAGCUCCAAGAGCACCAGCUCCCAGAUCCCCACAGAGGCACAGGAUGACUGCUGUGUCCACUGCAUCCUAGCCUGCCUGUUCUGCGAGUUCCUGACUCUGUGUAACAUCAUGCUGGACUGCGCCACCUGUGGCUCCUGCGCGGGGGACGACUCGGCCUGUUUCUGCUGCUGCUGCGGUUCCGAGGAGUGUGGGGACUGUGACCUCCCCUGCGACAUGGAUUGUGGUAUCAUCGAUGCCUGCUGUGAGUCUGCAGACUGCCUGGAGAUCUGCAUGGAGUGCUGCGGCCUCUGCUUCUCCUCCUGAGCCCUCCGCAACUCCAGGAGGCGCCACCGUUUUGUUACUUUAGACACAGAGAUACAACCUGGAUCAGUGUGUAUCGAGGGCUGGGUCUUCUUGACCCGCCGGCCUGUCUCCUUGCCAGUCCCUUUAGGCCCAAGUCUUAGACUGGCCGUGGGCUUGAGAACACUGGUUUGGGUAGAGAUAUCCCAAAAGCUUUUUGGAGUGGGUUCCAAUGCAAGAACUUUGAGCUGAUGUUGAAAUUUGGACCAUGUGUGGACUUGAGCAGACCAUUAUUUUGACCAAUCUGAGGACGCUGUCCCAGACCCAUCCACUCUGGAGCCUGUCAUGAUGAGAGAAGCCAGUGGGAGGUCUGCUGUGGUGUUGGUCGGUUUCUGAUCACAGCACCUCAGUGGUGGUGGUUCUAUCUGGUUCUGUCUGGUUCUGUCUGGGCUGGGCCUUUGGACCCUGGGUGCAGCGGGCCUUAUUACAGCAGAGCCCGCUGUGCCUCCACAGUGGUCCUGAGCGGCCAGGCACAAUGACCGCAGCUCUCCAUGCAUGAAAAUGACCUCCACAGCAAAUGAGAAAAUGGCUCCAUUUAACAGGAUUUGAGUGUUUCUGUAGAUAAGACACGUAGAGUAAUGGGGGAAAGGCCUCUCAGAGCUGGCUAGGGGUCUCGUUUGUCCUUCACAAGGUUACUGUCUUGAUGGCCUAUUGCUGGCAGUCACUUCCUCAAGGCACACACUACGUGACGAGGAUGUGUUCAUGGCAGUCUGGCACACUGUGCAUUCUGUUAACAAGAACUACUCUCAGCAAUUAUCAGCCAUGAUACCGGAGCACGGCGCUCCCUCUCCCCUGGAGAGGCCGCCUGGAGAAGCAGUCAUGAGGCUCAAGGCUUUAAGCCAGGUGGUCCAGGUGUUUGGAGAAGGUCCAGGUGGUGGGAGACAGUGAGCCUGAAACAUCCUCCUCCCUGGCCAUGUGAAGGAGGAGGUCUUCAUCUUACGGCUUUUCUCCUUCACUUCCAUAUUUGUUGUCUAACAGCCCCUGGUGCUCUUUAAUGAGGUCCUCCAUGCUGUUACUGUACUAACGGGUAGCAGACUGGAAGGCAGCCACAAGCCUGUCUCUGUGAACACACAGGCAUCCAGGUCUCCACUCUCACUGCCAAUCUUCUCUUAAUCCUUUUUUUUUGGGGUCGAUUUUUGUUGAGAUAUUUUGCAUUUCUCAUUUAAUGUGAAAGUGCCAUUUCUAUGUUAUCAGGACCAGCCUGCCCCCCAUAAAGCAGUCCCUCCUUCAGACCUCGUUAACUCCCGUACUGAAUAUCUUCCACGCGAUAAGUUUGAUCUUUCUGCUGCUGCAGACUCCUGAAUGGUACGUUUAUGUUAAUGGCUACAGAUUGGGGCUUGUUACUUUUCUCGGGUCCAGUUCUGCAGAUGUGUUCUGUUACAGAUGCGUGUUCACUGGAUCUACAUCUCUCUCUCUGAUCCAGCUCUGUUCACAGAGGAUCACCAGGACAUAGCAAUGAAUAGACUUUUGCCACAUCUCAAAGUACAGUUACACCAUAAUGGUAAAAAAAUAUGUACGUUUGACUUUAGGUAAUGUUAUGCAAACUCAAACAAGCUUUUGCAUUCAUGCUAAGUUGAUAAGUGGUCCAUAUCAAUGUUGAACUGGGUCUUACUGGCAGAGCGUGAAUAGAAGAAUACUGGCAAUAAGGAAUGAUAGUAGAUAGAUCUUAGUAUCUACAUGUCAGAUCCCUGCAGUAGUGUAUGUGUUUUAUGGAUGAUAGGGCUGGGAUGACGUAACCUUUAUUCAUGUUCUGUCGCCCAAAAUUAUUCUAUUUGGUUGUUUUAUUCAUAUGUGUCAGAACCUUUGUUUAAUAGAGAUAAAAGGAUGUUUUUGUCUUUAUUUCUUUCAUCUCAAAUGUGCAGUUCAAAAACAGUGGACUAUGAAUUUAUCUUAUUUUUGGUGAUUCUCUGUUGUGUUCCUCUAUGCUGUGAAGAGAGACUACAAGUAUGCAGAGGCCUUUGCUGCCUUCCCUGACAAACACACACACACACAACCACAUAAUAUUAAUUCUCAUUCCCAUAAAAGUGAACUGGACAACAACCAACAUAUUCAGCAGAUUGUUCUCAAUUUUGUGUCCACUGACUUGGUACCCUAACCCUAGCCACCCCUGCCCUUUAGAGACUUCUCCUCUCUGAAGAUGGCCAAGAUCUCAUGGACAUGCGGAUGCAAUGCUGCCUGGCUUUGCUUGAAGCAGUCUGCUUUGUGAUAUGUUCUCAACAUGUGUUGUGUAGAGUCUUACACCUUGUUGUGUAAUAAAAGGACAAUGUAAACAGGA